GCUGGACUGAGGAGGCCGAUGUCCACACACUGUCACUUUAAUUUCAGCUCAGUCCAGGGGGCAGGGUCGUGUUUUUCCCUCCUCCUCUUUUCUCUUGGACUCGCAGCGUUUGCGCCAACCACAGCAGCAGAUUGAAUGAGGGGUGUUUGAAGGCAGCUGUCCACACGGAGGACAGGAGGAGGACACCGUGCUGGCUGCUUCAGGAUGCCACAGAUGUGCAGCCUGAAUGCACCGUUUUCUCUUUAAUGCUGGACAGCGCAGUGGCUGGUGCCUGGUCACAUUUAAAGAGAGGCGGAGAGAGAAGCUGCGGGGCCUUGAGAAACCAAUCUCCGCCUUGAUCGUAUCUGGACAGCAGCAGCAGCACUGCCGCAGCUCCUCUGCACGGAUGAUAAAGAACUUGGGAAAGGAAAUAGUCAAGAUGGCAGCUGUGCACGGAGUGAUAAAGAGACCUUAUUAGAUGAAGUGCAUUUCAUUUGCUCGGUGGCAUGCACACAUCGCAGGAUCGCGCUGCAGGACGCGGGCGCUUUCGAAGGAGCAACUCCUCCAAGACUCCACGCUGACUUCCUUUCGUUUUGACUCCACAUUUGGCGACAUCGCAGUGCAUGUUCAGGGUGUGGGCUGUGCAUGAGGGGGAAAGGCGAUGUUUUGUUAAAGCUGCCCUGUGCUGUGUUUCUCUCCGUGUGUGUGUGCGUGCGUCUGUGUGUGUGUGUGAGCUGCGGACUGACGCCCUGCAGGAGACAGGACAGACUCACAGACACGUGCGGGCGCUGGACAUUUGCAUAUCGUUGCAUAGUAAAUGAAAAGUGUCCCUGAAGACUGCAUACAACAUUGAUGGAAUGCGACCCGAGUGAUUUUCGGACCCUUUGUGCAACUAACGAGACACUGCGGUUAACAUGGCCGAGGCACCGAGCGUCGACGAGCCUGCCUCGAAGGUGGAGAUCGAUCCGGAUUUCGAGCCCCAGAAGCGGCCACGCUCGUGCACUUGGCCGCUGCCCCGUCCGGAGUCCGGCGCGGACAAGCCCGGGACCAAUGACACUGACGUAAUCCCUGAAGAAGAGGAUGAUGAUGAUGAUGGGGGUGACAGCACUGCUCAGAAAGACAGCGAUGGUGGUGUUGGUAAACCGCGGCAGCCGAGCAGCAGCUCGUCCAUCUCCCAGCCUGUGGAGGUGCAGCGCGGCCCCAGCAAGGAGGAGGUCAUCGAUGGCUCUCCUUCCUCCUCCGCGCAGAUCCCCGCCGCGGCUGUGGGCGGCUCUGCCUCCCAGCAGCUGAGGAAGUCCUCCGCCCGCAGGAACGCCUGGGGCAACUACUCCUAUGCAGACCUCAUUACCCAAGCCAUCGAGAGCUCCCCCGAGAAAAGGCUGACCUUGUCCCAAAUCUAUGACUGGAUGGUGAGAUCUGUGCCAUACUUCAAGGACAAAGGCGACAGCAACAGCUCUGCGGGCUGGAAGAAUUCCAUCCGGCACAAUCUGUCCCUCCACAGUCGUUUUGUCAAAGUCCAGAAUGAAGGAACAGGGAAGAGCUCCUGGUGGAUGGUCAACCCAGAAGGCGGGAAGGGAGGCAAAGCUCCUCGGCGACGGGCUGUAUCGAUGGAUAACAGUAAGUACAUCAAAGGAGCCCGGGGACGCGCCACCAAGAAGAAAGCCUCAAUGCAGGCUGCUCAAGAUGGCAGCUCUGAGAGCUCCUCAAGCCUCUCCAAAUGGACAGGAAGUCCCACGUCCCGCAGCAGCGACGAGCUAGACGCCUGGACAGACUUCCGUUCCAGGACUAAUUCUAAUGCCAGCACGCUCAGUGGCCGCUUGUCCCCAAUCCUGGCCAACCUGGAGCUGGACGAGGUGCCUGAUGAUGACUCUCCACUCUCCCCAAUGCUGUACUCUAGUCCCAGCAGCAUGUCUCCGUCCACAGGGCCCACAGGGCUCUCUGACCUGGCAGGUACCAUGAACCUGAAUGAUGGACUCUCGGACAACCUGAUGGAUGACCUUUUAGACAAUAUCAGCCUGACAGCAUCCCAGCAGCCUCCUCCUGGAGAGGAAGAAAAUGGAGCAAACGGUCAGGGGAGCUCACUGUUUACCUUCAGCUGCCCAGGGAGCAGUUUGGGAAGCCCAUCUGGCAGCUUCGGGGCUAACCCUCUUUUCAGCCCGCCGUCCAUCACAAGCUUGAGGCAGUCACCCAUGCAAACCAUCCAGGAGAACAAGCAGACCAUGUUCUCCUGCAUCUCGCACUUUAGCGACCACCAGACCCUGCAGGAUCUACUCAGUCUGGACUCCCCCAGCCACAGCAACGUGCUGCUCACCCAGUCUGACCCUCUGAUGUCGCAGGCCAGCACCGCCAUUGCCCUGCAAAACUCUCGUCGAAAUGCCAUGCUGCUGCGCAAAGACCACAUGCUGGUGAACCACACCAGCACAGGUCAGGCUCAAAGCCCUCCAGUGCCUGGUUGGCAAGCUGGCUUGUCAACCUCUGACAGCAACACCAGUCACUCUGAUGCCAAGCAGCCCCUCCUGAAGUCACCCAGCAAGACCGCCUCUAUGCAGGCCGGCUCUGGCUUGUCCGGCCAGGACCGCUUUCCUGCCGAUCUGGACCUCGAUGUGUUCAAUGGCAGCCUGGAGUGUGAUAUGGACUCCAUUAUCCGCAAUGAACUGAUGGAUGCAGAUUGCCUCGACCUCAGCUUUGAUUCUUGCCUCGCCACCGCCCAGAAUGCCAACAGGAAUUCAGGAAGCUUCUCGAGCUCAAAACAGACCUCCCCUCAAAGCUGGGUGCCAAGCUGAGCAGCUCACCAGAGCGAUUAAAAAACAAAGUGGGGGGGGGAAUGUAAAUUGGGGUUUUGUUGCCCCGCAUUGUGAAACUAGAGGGAAUAUGUAAAAGUGUAUCCAUAUAGUAUUCUUUUUCCAUUGUUUUUAAUGUGAGGCAUUAAGUUAGAUACUGUAUUUCAAGUGUCUGAGGUACACGCGAGUGUCUUCACAGUGGAGGAAAACCUUUACAAAGAUCAAUGACUGGCAGUGUGAACAACAGUAGUGACUGGAAAUAGGACAUUUUUGUUAAAAACUAAAUGAAAAGCAUCAACUCAUGUUAGUCUCAGGGAAUCAACUCAUAUCACAAAGUGAUACACGAUGAAACUGCAGAUGAAUCCUGUUUUCACCCUGCUCUCUCCUUUUCCAACAUUUUUGCCAAACCAGCUGUCGGCCAGUUGUUGGGCGACGGCGUGUUUACAGGAGAGAAGAAGAAGAAAAAAAGCUGCAGAGAAUGUUACAUUAUUACGUUCCAGUGGAAGAUACUUGACAAGCUUUUUUUUUUUUGAAGUUUCUUUGAGAGACGUAGCCUGAAAUGGACUAAGAGAUUUCAAACAAAUGAUAACAAAAAGUCCCCCCGCCCCCUCCCCCCAAUGAUGCACCGAGUCAUGCACCAAAUAUCGAUCUGUAGUGGUUAAUAUGUUAUUGAGAUGUAAACCGAUCUACAUUGUGUGUGUGUGUGUGUGUUAUUUUUGUAUGUAUCGUUUUUACUUUUCAUUUAGCAAAACUGACCCUGUGAUUUUCGUGACAUAACUGUGAAUUCUUUUCCUUCUGAAGAGUUUCGUUACUGAAGUCUUGAUAAUAUGGUGUAUCUGCUGCAGAUCCCCCCCCCCCCUUUAACCAUCGUCCCCACUCAUCCUCCUCUUCUCUCCCCUUCCCACUUGAACUGCAAUAUUGGAAGUACCGUCCGUAUUGAGUUUAAAGACAGAAUUAAUAACUUGAUUUAGCUCUGGUUGACACCAUUUUGCAAACACUAAGGACUAUCUGAAUUUAAAUGACCACAUUUUGAGACUCCCUAGUGCUCAGUUACAGUAUUUUGACGGUUUUGUUCAUUUGAAGGAGUUCUUGGUGCUAUAAAUACGAAGAUAGCAGGGAGCGGCUGAAUAUGAAGUGUCAAUAGUAGCCUCCCAGUUGUUAUCAGCACUACAGCAGGUGCUGGGGAAAAUAGGCUGUGGUCUAAUAGUCUUUCAUUUUGCUUAAGGAUCCUAACGGAGUGAAGUGACCUGGAAAAAUCUAAAUGGCAGCCACGAUAAAAGCUGGUUGACUCCUCUAAAUGCUAAGAAAAGGUGCUCCAGUGCUUCCUUUCUUAUCUCCUUCAGCAUGGGACGACUUCAUCCUUCACAAAGUGUGUAUUGAACCAUGUCAAUAACAUCCACUGUCACAUAAUUACAUACCCUGACGUUAGUGUAGUCUGCAGUUGUCUUUUCCUAAGUCCUGUAAAUAAAUGGGUUCUCCUUUCCCGUUUUUCCUCGACCUCCUAACGUUUUCUGUAGAGGUCGUUGGGGAAAAGUGGUUAGGAAAGGACGCAGGGGAUGUUUUGUUUUUGACGUUUGACCGCAGCCGUAGUGUUUUCCAACUCUGUGAGAGGAGGGUGUGUAGUAACUUAGAGCCAUUCUUGCCAUUUUAGAGAAAGGAAGGAACCACAGUAUUUUAAAUAUUGCCAAACAUGUUUCUGCGUUGAAAGGAGCAGAAAUAAGAGGAUAUACAGUGUAUAAAUAUUAGAAGCCACAGCUACAGAGGCAAAAAAAAGAAAGAAUCUACAUCAGCACAGUUUUUGUAGGAACAGCAGGAUGAUUUUUUUUUUUUUUUUUAAGUUACAAUUUUCUUUCCUUGCUAAAUUUAACAUAGGCCGAAGAAGGAGACGUACUUGUUUUUAUUUAUUUAAUUUUCUCUGUGGUGCUACAUGUUUGCCCGUCAUGUUGGAGCUGUGUGAAAAGCACUUAAAUGUUCACAGUCCAUUUGAGCUGCCCUACAUCUGACCACCUCGGAUGGUUAUUGAUCAGAACAAACAAUGAACGAAUCAAUGAAAUUGUGUCCUUGCAGUUAACUGGCAUUAAUGACAAUAAUUGAACCCGUUUAGUUUAUGUUUUGGGUUUGAGAAAUCCAAUUCUGCACACGUGUGCUUCCAAAUAUCCUUUUUUUUCUUUAAAAUACAAAAUGCUGACCUGAAGCUUUUUUGUCUACGUUAGUUUUGAGUAACACUCACUGCCAACAUUCACCCUCCAUUUCCUCCUAUUGCUCCUACAAAUAAAAUAAAGACAUCAAGUAGAGAUCAUUGGUUGUAAUUCCAGUUCUUAUCUUGGUUGUAACACAGAUGGUGCGUGUAAAUAAAGCUUACAGAACCAGUAUGA